GACUUUAACUCUUCUUUCUUUACAUUCGAUGAAUGUGUCCAUUAUCUAAACCACACUAGCUACCAUUAACCGCAGCCCCACGAUUUCCAUUCCAUCUUUUCUUCAACACUUUUUCUCACCUUCCUCCUCCUCCUAUGCUCCUUUUUCUUUCAAUUCAAGCACAUAUUGAAAAAAAAUGGAGAACAAUUAUUCCAUGUUGUUUCCUUGUCCUCCUUCUUCAAGCUACACAAUUCCAUCUAGUAGUUUGAAUAAUGGUCAAAGCUCGAAUGCAUUUCUUGGUUUGAAGCCUAGUGAUAAUAAUAUGGAUCAUCAUGAUCAUGAUCAUGAUGAAGAUCAUGUGAAAGAAGAUGAAGGAAGUGUUAAAAAGAAAGGAGAGAAAAAAGCUAAGAAGCCUAAAUAUGCUUUUCAAACUAGGAGUCAAGUUGAUAUACUUGAUGAUGGUUAUAGAUGGAGGAAAUAUGGACAAAAAGCUGUUAAAAACAACAAAUUUCCCAGGAGCUAUUAUAGGUGCACACAUCAAGGGUGCAAUGUAAAGAAACAAGUGCAACGUUUAACCAAAGAUGAGGGAGUAGUGGUGACAACAUAUGAGGGAGUUCAUACUCACCCUAUUGAGAAAACAACUGAUAACUUUGAGCAUAUCUUGAGUCAGAUGCAAAUUUACACUCCCUUUUGAAAUUAACAUCUGCAUAAACUUCUUCAAGUUGAGGCUAUUAGUUUUAGUUCCUCCUUUGAUGCAAAAAUAAAAUCAUGUCAAUAUAUUUAUCUUAGCUUCUUAUUAGACAAUAUUUUAAUUUGUUCUUUUAUUGGAAUAUUAUGUUUAUGUAAUGUAAGUUCAGCAAUCAAGUUUGGCAUGCUGAUAAUCUAUACAUCUUUUAUUCUUUCA